UCGAUCAUGAUUGGGUGAUUUUUUAAGGGGUUGGCAUACCUCCCUGCUCCCUACUGGGGGAUGGGGAUGGGGAUUCUAGGAGGGGCUUCACAGUGACCUCAUACUUAUAUAUUCUAAGUCUGAACCGGCAUUUACUAAAUAUUCUGCCUUUAAUUUAACUGCAGUGCAACGAAAGCUUACAUCUAUUCAGCAUCUGUCCAUCUGACCUCUGUAUUCUUCACAAAUCCAACACACGACGCAGAGCUCUAAGGAUGAAGAUUGAAAACAGCCUGCCCUGCUCUCAACUCCCUGAAGCCCCUCCUCAGACCGGGCUGGAUUUUACAGUGGCAACGGAGGAGGACUUUGAUGAUAUCAUGGCCAUGAGCAAGGAUAUCUAUGGCGGCCUGGACUAUCUGCCCUCCCGCUAUCAAGCCUGGCUACAAGAGAGCAACCGCACUGUCAUUUUGGCUCGCAAGCAAGGCAAAGUGAUUGCACUAGAGUCAGUGUGUGUUAUCGAUGAUGGCGAGACCAUGCUGGUGGAAGGACUUCGUGUUGCCCCACAGGAGAGGGGGAAAGGUGUGGCAGGGGUACUUCUUCGCUUUUGCUCUCAACUGGUUAAGUCCAAGUACCCUGACGUUAAAGUUAGCAGACUGACAAGAGAUGACCAACUGGGGCCAAAAGACUUCCAGAAGUACCGGCUCAUCACCAAACAGGGAAUCCUUCUGGUGCGCUUCUGCGCCGAAGACCUUAAAUUACGCCUUGCUGAUCUUGGGCCUAAUAUCACUGUAGCCGGGGAGGGGCUGUCCACCACAAACAUCCCGGUCCGUCUGGAGCCUGCAGAGGUGCAUCAGCUCUUCCUAAGCGAUGUUCUAAUGCAGGGGGUCCUUCCCAAUGCAACCAUCGUUCAAGACUGGCAGCCAUUCAAGCCUCUGCCUAGCAACAUGGCCAUCCUGCUGAAGAAGGACAUUGAUUGGAUGGUUGACGAUGCCAGGAGCCCAACCAUGGCCAGCUUGUGCACUUUCCCAUUCCAUGUGCCAAUCGGUGAUGACUGGUACUACCUAAACAUCGACAUGUUUGGUAAAGACCUGACGCUGGCCAUACAACAGCUGCUGUGCCACCUGAGGUGCCACACUGGCACUCUGAAGGGUUACGUCAUGUGUCAGGUGUUCCUGGAGCCUGCGCUGUGGAAGCCCAUGGCUGAUUUUUUUAGGGAGACCCUUAAAGUGGAGCUGGUGAAGGAGUACACAGAGCAGUGCGUCGUGGAGUCUGAUGUCGUUUAGUCAAGGAGCCUCAGAAACACCUUCCCUUAAAAUUAGACACCAAACCUACAGUAAAGAGAGGAAAUUUAACAUCUCCCUCACAUAUGGUUCCCAUAAACGAAAAAAAAAAACACAAUAUAUCUACUCUAAAGGAACGAAAAAACGUAAUCUCUAUUCCGCUUAAUGAAAAUGCUCUCAUAGGAUUUUAUUUAUUUUAACAACAACUAAUUAAAAUGAAAUGCAUGCAAGUGAACAAACUAGAAUAAAUGUAGUAGAUGCUUGUUUAGGUUAUUUAAUUUAUUUCCAUAUGCAAUACUGUAAACGGCGGCACUGACAGGACAGGGACUGGAAAAGAGGGGAGCAGUUUUAGUUUAUAUAAAUUAGGGUCCCACAUUGUUCCAGGCCCUUUCAUUUGUUGGCAUCGCUGACAGUGAAAGCAUAUUUACUCAUGCUGAGUUGAAAAGAAAACUGCACAAUCUUUAGGGCACUUUAUGAUAAAAAAAAAAAAAGAGAAAGGGAUCUCACUUUAGUGUCAGUUGCUUUUUCAGAAUGUGGCACUGUAGCUGCUAGAGUGUUCAGAGAAAAAAAAUAAUAAUUCUGGGACUUUAUAACAGGCUGCCCAUAUGGAGAUCGAAAUGGUCUUCAAAGGAAAAUUUAAUUAACAUGCAAAUACAAAAAAUUUCCACAUGGGGUAAAUGUAAUUUCAGACUGAACACCUUUCUAAUACGCUCCUCGAAAAAUUAGUUACCCUUCCUCUAAAGAUACUUUACAGUGCUUUAAACUCGGUAUCAAAUUAUAAAUGUCUUGCUAAGAACUUGCUUAUGCAUUUAGAUUACAGUCUCAAGUUUUUGCUUUAAGUACUUGAACCUGUUUGCUAAAAUGACGUUCUAUCGGUAUUUGUACCUAACUGUAGAAGUGCAAUUUCAAUUAUACACUGGAAUAUUGCUAGAAGUACAUUCAGUUAGAUAUGAACUAAUAAUUAAACAGACAAAUGUUUCAGAUUCAUCAUUUGAUUUAGAUUUAAGUUCUAAAAUAAUUAUAAAUGGAUUAUUUGGCAGGAUCACAUCUAAAUACAAAAGACAGGAAAUAUAAGUGUGUGUGUGUGUGUAUAUAUAUAUAUAUACAUAUAUAUACUACACUGGUGCAGUCUAACAUAUGUUAAUGCUUAAUUUAAAAUAUAUAUAUAUAUAUAUAUUUCACAUAAUUUACCUUUAUUCCACACUGCUCUGUCCCUUCUCUGAGAAAUGUGCUGAUCAUUUACUGCUUUUAUGAAGCCCCUCCCUCAGAAAUAGGCGAUGGGCUCUGAUGGGCUCUGAAGGAAAUUUAUCCAAAUUAGGUGCUCCAAUUAAAAAUUAAUAAUAAUAAUAAAAUAAAAAAAUAACAAUCAAAUAGUGAUCAUCUCUGAAAAUUUUAAGCUGGCUCUUGUGAUUCACUCAUGGAAUCAGGGAAACAAAUGAGGACAAUUGGAAACCUGAGCAAAACAAGUGACAACUACUCAUCUCUAUGAAGAUUUUUUAAAAGUUUUUUAAUUGUUCUUUUGAAGAUGAAAGACACAAUUUAUCAGAGGAAAAGAAUGGACAAAAUCUUAUAGGACACAUCAUCUCCUUCUAUUGGCCUGAAGUGAAGAAAGUGAAGUGAGGUAUCAUCAACAUGGAGGAGAAAAAAAAAGAACAGAAAAAGCCUUUAGAUAUCUUCAGAACAUAUUUAGUUCUUUUGCCCCAAAUCCAGAUUGCAGCGUGCUUUUCCCUGAAGCACUGUGGCAGAAUGAAAUUCAAAUUCAGUUAAUUUAUAGCUUAAUAUAUACAUAUGAAAAUAUAUAACAUAGUGUAACUGAUAGUUUAAGCACUCAUAUUUUGUUAGACAGAUUUGAAUUCAAAUCUGUAUCCACUAAACUAAAGCCACAAAUUUCUAUAUUCUUCUUACUCAUUUUGUGUCUGGUUUGACUUCAUUUGGUGGACUUAUUUUGUACCCUUGUAUGAACUCUCAACAUCCACUGAUGAAAAGGAGGCCUCCUCUCCUCCUUCAUUUGGACAGCUGCACGGGGGACUUGUAUUGCGUCAGAAUUUAUAAAAGGCAAACAGGCAUUCUUUUUUGAUUCUGAAAGUCAAGGCAUUUUACAGAUUAUUAACUGUUAUUCCAAUGACAGUUUAUUGCAUUUGUAUAGGUGUGCAUGUAUGUAUGUAUGUAUGUAUGUGUAUAUAUGGUUAUAUAUAUAUAUAUUAGGGCCGGGACUCGAUUAAAAAAAUUAAUCUAAUUAAUUAGAAGCUUUGUAAUUAAUUAAUCGAAAUUAAUCGCAUUUUAAUCGCAUAUGAAUAUUUGACCUGAGAACAGUGAGAAGUAAUUUUUUUUCACAUGGAUUUAUAGUAUACCAUUGAAUAAUGACUGAAUACAUAAGCUUAAGCAACAAAAUAUUGUUUAUUUUUGUUCAACCAAGUCUAGCAGACCAGUGCAAUUUUUGCCAUUAAGUGUAGCAAUAGCAUAUUUAGAAAUAAUUUAGAAAUAGUACAUUUCAGAAAUUCAGGAAGCUUAUAGGUGCUGGAACCUUCUGUAAAGUGUUUUUAAGUAAAACACAAUACUGUCAAUUACAUUCAGAACAUUGGAAACCCUGACUAUUAGAUAACAUCUCUCUGUUGCUUCAGAGGCCAUAACAUACUAAGUUCAACUCUCAAUAACCUUGGCCAAAACAAUAAAGAGUUCAACAUAAACUGCCAGUUGCACCAACAAAAUAAUACACAGUUCAACAUAAAGUGUAAAGUCCACGCUAGCUGCUAUAUGUUUUGCGUUGAGGUGAUACUUGAGGCUCGAUGUGCUGCGCCUGCGGUGAUAUGUGAACGCUAGUUGGUGCUUCAGUAUAAUCGGUCCGCGGAAACUCAUCCGGUGAGAAACGUUCCGCGGUGCAAAAAUAAGUUAUUAAAAAUGCGGGAAUUUUUUUUCUGUAAUUAAUUAAUCUUAGUUAACGCGUUAUUUUUUGUGUAAUUAAUUAAUCUCAAUUAACUCGUUAAAGUCCCGGCCCUAUAUAUAUAUAAGUUUGUUUGGAAGGGGGGCGAUUUGAAAAGGGAAUCUAUUUCAAGUUAAUUUAUGGCCGAAAUAUCAAAAUCCUUCAUGUCAGCAAAAUUAUAAUAGACAGUCGUGAAGCACAAGAAACAUUAAUGCAUCAGUUUGCCAUGAAAAUUACAUUUUCUCAAUUUAAAUAUUGGCCUUCAAAAAACUACACAUGGUGUUAGAGUUAGAGACUUUUAAAUUUGCCUCUAAAUCACUUGCCAAAAUUCGACAUGAUGGAUUUGAGACCCAGAAUGUGUUUGGUAUGUGUUUUCUGUUGUACAUAGCACAGUGCAUCUAGAUUUAUGUGGGUUUACAUCGGAGGUGGAAAGUUCCCAAGGUACACUAGCCUCUAUAUUUAGCUGUUACUUUCUUUUGCGUGACAUUUCGUAAUCCAGUAAUCUUUUAAGAAUUUUUCUCUUUUAUUUAUUAUUUCUGUCUUUCAGCUCCACCUUUUAGCUCUUUGGAUAUCUAAUUGCCUUUCUGAGUAUUUGUGAAUUGUGCAGGAGGUUGUAACCCUAUAUUUUACACAGUUCCUAGAGCCAGGUCCACAAGAUAUAAAAGGUUAGAGGCAUGUGAGCACCUGAUGUAAAGGAUACGUUGCCCCUUGUUUCGCUGGCACAUGAGGAGUGAACUUUAAACCUAUUUCUUUCAAUUAUGAAGUGGCUUUUCACUUUCUUUUCCUGGAAUGGAAAAAUAAGACCGGUUGCAGAGGGAGAUGAGAGAUGAAGCUAGGAAUAGGUGGCGAGGAGAGAACAUGUGAUCCAGUUCGUGAUACCGCUCUAUAAAACUGAGAAAAUGUUCAUUUUGUAUUGUAAAGACGACAACAAUUAAACAUGGAAUUAUUUGGAGCGCUGUAUUGGUGACAAAAAAGGGAAAUCAUCUUUAGCUAGAAAGGCCUUGUAUUGGUAAUUAGCAUCAACCCACUAUUUAGGAGGACUAUAUAGAUAGACCAACCCAGAGCAGGAUAUCGCUAUUAUCAGACUCAGCACUAAAGUAAUACCUCGAGUGCUAAGUCAUACGAAAGCAAAUAUAUACCCAGACACUAAAAGUUUCAGUUAAAGUUUCAGGGCUUGCCUCUGAGCAAGUGAAACUGGAUCUCGAGAGUGUCAUCUUGCGUAGAACAAGGGUUCAACCCAGACUCGCUUUACCUUCCACCUGAUCCCCGUCGGCUUGACACAUGGAAAGAGUGAGCAGGAGAGGUUAAAAUAAUAAGGCUGGGUCCAGUCUUGUCUUUUGCCAAGCUGUCUGUAUCUAUUCCUGAUUUUUAUGUUGUUUCAUGGUAGCAUCUUUUGUUUUUCAUUUUUCUGACUGCUUUGCAAUGUUUAUGAAGGGCUUUAUGUGUAUUAGAAUCAGCUGUGUAUUGUAUGUUUUGUGAACGAGGGGAAAACCACCAGGGAGAUUUGUUUUCUUUACUCCAAGUCACUAUUCGAACAUUAAAAAAAAAACUUAACUGAAAGCCUUAUCCAGGUGAUAUCAGUUAAAUUGCUGAUUUGCACUAUCAGAGCUUCAACUCUGCUUCUCCCUAUGUUGUUUUCCAUAGAAAAAUCAUAUAUUGUGUCUAUACACAGACGCUUCUGAAAUGGCUAAAUCACACAGGUAUUUUCACCUGUGGUGCACUAAGCUAUUUUGUUACAUUCAAUCUACAAAUCUAAUGCAGUAUUUGGAGGUAAAAUGCAAGUAGAUUCCAGUGCAAAUUGUGUUUUAUCUCACGCCAUGUCAGAAUCAUCCAAUUCGGAUUGGAUGAACCAUUCAUCUAACUGUUCUGAUGUGCUGCACUUUAUAUUGUAGAUAUUCCAAAGCACAGUGGGGAUCUUCAUAAAACAUCAGUGUGGGUUGCUGUAACAGUCAUGGUCAUUCAGUGGAUCACGCUAUAUAUUUUUUGGUAAUCGGAAUAGGAGCGUGGGCCUAUCUGCGUAACCAUUUUAAAUUCAAGGAUAUUUUUAUUGGUGUGCUCCUGACUUUAUAGACGUUAAUAAAGCUCCUACUUAAUGACCAUUGUCUGAAUAAGCCUCACUGUACCUGUCUGAAUCCGCUGAUAGACAUAUUUACCACUAUCAGCAAAACAGGGACCAUGAUUUUUUACAGACCUCAAGAAGGUGGUGGUUUGAUUGUCCAUGUCAUCCAUUCUCUUGAUGCAGCAGUGGCUGUUGAGUUUGUUUUCACUCGAGUCUUCCCAUUAGCCCUGGAUACAAACUGGGUGUCAUGUUUUGUGUGUUUGUGGAGAAUAUCUGAAAAGAUCCUAUGAUGGGAAACUAAUGCUUGUAAAUGAGAUAAAAAAAUAAAAAAAGAACUCGUGGCCAACUGUCAAUCAAGAGGGUGAAAACAGUUUCAAUGCUAUAAAGGCAUUUUGAUUACAUGAUCAAAUGUUAUCCGUUUUCUUUUUCUUUUUUCUUUUUUUUAUUACCCAAUACGACUGCUUAUUCUAAAGCAGUGAUGUGACAACUAAUGGAAAAUAUUUUAAUAUUUUGUUACCUUUGUCUGUUCCUUUUUUCAGAGAUUGUGAGAGAUGCAGAACUAUUUUAAAUACAGUAAUUUUUUAAAAACCUUAUAAUCCAUGAGAGGUUUUUGAAAUGUGCAUGUUGUGUGAGUGGGUGGGGAAGGGCUUUACAAUGAGCAUGUGACUAGAUUUACACUGAGCACAAAGAACUUGUACUAAUAUAUUGACAUUUAGAACUUGUCAAAUUGGAAUUGGUGAUAAUUGACACAUUAAUUUAAGAUUAAACUAUUAAAAAGUAUAGAGAGGGUACAUAAAAAUGCUAAAGGUAAACAUUCUUUUUUCUUUUCUUUUUUUAGCCAUGAUAUACAUGAUUUUUAGAUGCUAUAGGCUAAUUGUGUAAAAGAAAUUUUUUUUUUUGCUUGCAGUAUUUUGUGGUAAUUGUGUGCAUCUAUAUAUACCUAUAUCUUUGUAUAUUUAACAAAUAACUCAGCUUGAAUAUUUUAAUAUACAAUAUAUAUUUAGAAAUGUUUCCAAAACUAGAAACGAUCACUUCAUUAAGAAUCAACCCUACAACAACAGUCAUUAUGUGUAGACAGUGGUUUAACAAAAAACUGUAACUUGUCAGUUUUUCUUUUUAAGGUGUUUUUAUUUUAUUUUAUUGAGUACACUGUUAAACUGAGUACGAAUCCUGGCUGGUAAACUCUUAUGUCAGAAAUUUUCUAAAUUCAUUUCAUUCCCUAUUCUUUUAAGUUAAUUCAUUCAAUUUAAGUUUAAAUUUGCCUAUAAUAAAUGUUAAACGUACCAAUGAAUGUUAGUAGGACAUUGUAAAUGGCUGGAUGACCCAGAAUGAUCAUCCAGGAUGAUCCAGAAGCAGUUUAAAGUAUGACUAGGCAUAUGGUAUGAAAUAACAUUUUCUUAUUUAAGUAAUGGAUACGCCACUGACUAUGAAACUAGUCCAUGUGCAUAUGCUCUUUUGCAUUUUGUUACAUUAAAUUAUAAUGACAUGUAUGUUUAAUAUGUAUAGGACAGGUUUACUGCAUGUAAAUGUUUGUUUUUCUGUAACAUUAAACAAUUUGUAAAUAAUUUAUGUAAAAAUCUAGAUAACAUCUAAAUUCAGAGCUUGGUCUCUGCUGUCACGUGUGGCGAGAAAUUCUACUUAUAUCCCAAAUAUCACAUUCUGAAUGCAGUAGAAGUCAUGUUUACUUUCUGCCAUUUACAAAAAAGCCCAAAACCACAGGUUCGAGACACAGUCUUUGACCAGACCCAAAAUGUUGAAAUUAUGUAUAUCCUUGGAAUUUUUGGAGAUUUUUUUUCAUGACUGCAAUAUGUGAUGGAAAACAAACAGUCACUGCAGUCUUUUUGUGGUUCUUAGUUAAUGUCAACCCUUUGUUGUGUUGUUGUAUUACUUUACCUUGUGCAUAAUCAUUUAACAUUUUUAACAUUUUAA